AUGGCGCGCAUCCACCACCUUGCUCACGACCCGGAGAGAGUGAAAGUGGCCGUCGAGGAGCAGGAGGCUGGCGGCCCCGGCGAAUGUGUGAAGUCGGAGCUCGACGAAGAAGCUCGAGCAGGACGAGAAGAGGGCUGGGCCGACGUGAGCCGCUCCGUGCCGGGCCUGGCGGGCAGUGCGGGGCCGCCGCACCUCGAGGCCGCGCCCCCCGUGGAGGACUACGCCACCGACGACUACCCCGACGCCUACGACGACACCACCAACACGUCCGACUCCGAGUCCGCUGGGGGCGGCGCGCUGGCCCCCAGCCCCGGCGGCACGGGCACCACGCCGCAGACCAGGACGCCGUCGGCGCCCUCGGCAGCUGGGGUGCCGGCGUCGCACGGCGCCGGCGGCAACGCGCUGGAGCCGGCCCCGGGGGCCCCGGGGGCGGCGGCGCCGGCCUGGCUCGAGGUGACGCGGCACCUGGUGAACGUGACCAAGGAGACGGGCGGGUCGGUGCGCCUGCGCUGCGAGGUGGCCGGUGACCCCCCGCCCCGCAAGGUGCGCUGGUACAAGAACGACGCCCCCGUCGAGGAGGAGCGCAACCGGCUCGUCACGCGGCGCUACCACGUGGAGGGGAACCGCGGGACCAGCAUGGGCUCGCGGCUCAGGAUCUCGAUGCUGGAGGUGCACGACAGCGGCUACUACAAGUGCGAGGCUUCCAACGGCGUCAAGACGGUCGACUCCACCGCCAUCCUGCUGGUCAAGGUGCCCAAGUGGGGUGUGAUGAACGCCCCGGCCGACAUCCCGCACUUCCCGCCAGUGUUCGCCAAUUCGCACGGAGGCUUCGGUGGUACCAGUGACCAUAUAGACUCAAUGGGCAUGGGUCCAAUGGGAGAGAUGGACGGGCACAUGCCUCGUGGACUUCCUGGUGGACUGUCCGCUGGACUUCCUGGUGGAAUGUCCGGUGGACUUCCUGGCGGAAUUCCAGGGAUGCCUGGAGGAAUUCCUGGGAUGCCUGGAGGACUCGGAAACAUUGAUCUGAGUGGUGGGAUGCCUCAUCAAACGUUCACCCUGUCUGGGCUCGGUGGCUAUGGAGACUCAUCUGACACUAUUUUACCUGAUGGUGCUUCUACAGAACCUACUUGUCAGAUAUAUCAAGGAAGGAUUUGUUGGGAGUACCUUGCAAACAGAUCUGUCUAUAUAGCACAGGCUCUGAAGCAACCUCAUAUAGAAGCUAUGCUCACUCGAGCUUUGACUGUUGCCAAGCAUUCCCCUGAUAUUACACCCCAGUGUGUGCAAUUUGCCAAGCCCUCACUUUGUUACUCAGCAUUCCCAGUGUGUAGAGAGGAUCCCCAUGAUAAAGUGGUGAAACCAACUCUGAAACCUCACAGAAUAUGUCGUAGAGAUUGUGACCGCCUUGAAAAUGAAUAUUGUCCACUAGAAUAUGCUUUGGCUAAGCGAAAUGCUCUGAUAAAGCAAGUUAUGCAGGACUGCAGUGAUCUACCUAUGACAGGCUCACCUGAUGAUGAAGGCUGUCUGUCUCUCAACAUCCCUUCAGCUGAAUCAGCAAAACCAGUGAUUCCCGAAGAUGUUAUGCUUUAUAUAGCAUUUCCUGCAGCUGCCUUACUGCUUCUUACCUGCAGCAUUGUGACUUAUUGGUGCUGCCGUCGGCGAAGAAUUGCAGCACAGAGCCGCUUCCCUGGCAGUGCGAGCAAGAUGAAUGGUUUGAAGCCGCCUCGCUCAGCCACCUCUCCUCUUCACAAACUGAGCAGUGCCAAUCAAAUGAUGGAGAUGAACUCGUUGCUUCCUGCCAAUGGUACUAUUGUCAGCCACAGGAGUGAACGUCCUAGCAAUGGAAAUAUCCUCAGAGUCAGAGAGUACCAGCUAAAUAACAUACGAUUCAUGCAAGAUUUGGGAGAAGGAGCCUUUGGCAAAGUUUACAAAGGUGAAGUUUCUGGCAACCCUGAUGAGGCCAAACUGAUGGUUGCUAUCAAGACCCUGAAGGAAAAUGCUAGUGCUAAAACUCAAGGGGACUUCAGACGAGAAGUUGAAUUGAUGUCAGAUCUACGUCAUCCAAAUAUUGUGUGUCUACUUGGUGUUGUGCUGAAAGGAGAGCCUAUGUGUAUGUUAUUUGAAUACAUGACUCAGGGAGAUCUUCAUGAGUUCCUUAUCUGUCACUCUCCCCGAUCUGAUGUGUCAGCAUGCAGUGAUGAUGGCAGUUCCCAUGUUUUAGAUCAGCCAGAAUUCCAUCACAUAGCAUUGCAAAUAGCUGCUGGCAUGGAAUAUUUGUGCAGUCAUCAUUAUGUUCAUCGUGAUCUCGCUGCUCGAAACUGCCUUGUUGGAGACAAUCUCACCGUUAAAAUAUCAGAUUUUGGCCUUUCAAGGGACAUUUAUUCGUCGGAUUACUACAGAGUCCAAUCCAAAUCACUGCUACCUGUGCGUUGGAUGCCACCAGAAUCGAUACUGUAUGGAAAGUUUACCACAGAAUCAGAUGUAUGGAGCUAUGGUGUGGUGUUAUGGGAAAUAUAUAGUUUUGGUCUACAGCCUUACUAUGGAUACAGCAACCAAGAGGUCAUUGAUAUGAUACGAAGCCGACAGCUGUUGCCAUGUCCAGAAGACUGUCCUUCACGCCUUUAUGCCCUGAUGAUUGAAUGCUGGCAUGAGGUCCCGGGAAGAAGACCGUCUUUCCCUGAAAUUCACUCCAGACUGCGGCAAUGGUGGGCAGGGAGUGGAUUCAGCACUGACAGUUGGGGUGCCCCAGAAAGCAUGCAAGGUGGGACCAGUAGUUGCAGUGGUAGUCACAAGUCCAGCACUGGGCCGAGCAACAAGACAGGGUCCACUCAGCUAUCCAACAAUGCUGACUUAGGAAGUAUUACUCCUGGUAUGACGCCCUUGCGAGCGCGCCCGGAGACCUCCCUGAGCCACCAACUGCAAAGUCCAGGAAGGAUUGGGCCUCCUCCCACACCGCCUUUCCACCACCAAGUCAUGCAUCACCAGUCAUCCCAAACGCCAACCAAAUUGGCCAACCAGAGGUACCCUCCUCCCCAAUAUUCGCUUCACAACCUUCAAUCUCACAUACCACCACCACCUCUCUCUCAGCUCAACUCAUUUGGUAAGCCAGUGGGCUCUCAACUUAUUGUUCGAUUACCUCCCCCUUAUAAUGGGCACAGCAAUGCAGUGGAGACCAAAAUCUCAAAUAUUUAGGCCACUGAUUGAAUCAAGUUUGUUAUAGUAAUUUUGCAACCUGUUAUACCUGACUGAUUAUAUGUGUAAUCAUUUCUUCUUGACAACAUUUCCUCCUGACCACCUGUAGUAGAUAUGGAUUUUUAAAUGGUUUUGACUGAUGCACCUGUGGAAACAGCAUACUCAAGUAACUGAGCUGUUCUCCCACUUCUUUGUGUGGGUGUUGAUUGAAAGAUUUUAAGCAUAUAUUGUACAUAAAACAUAUGAGCCCUUUAUGGUUAUUGUCUCCUCAAUGUAUUGUAUGAGUUACCUUGGAAGAUUGUUCUCUGUGUGAGAAGCUGUUUCAUUAUUGUUGAAGAUUUUCAAUCUUCAUGUUAAUACCUAAAAUGUGAUAAUUUUCUCUUUUAAUUUUAAACAAUGCCAUUUGUUUUGUUUUAAAUGCCAUUUUAAGUAUUGUAAGCACAAUAUAUUGUAUAGUUCUGUUUUAAUAUGUGUGUUGUCAAAAGGGGAAGUAAUGUUCUUUGUUAAAUGCUUCAUUUUCAGAAAUCUUUAUUUGAGUGUAUUCUAUAAGUCUUUGUUGUUAUUUAUCAUAUAUGAUAAAUCUUGUGUGCUUUUUAAGAAAAUAUUUUGAGGUCUGGGCAAAGGCAACUGCUUAAUCCCUGCCGACCAGAAAAAUUGAAAAAAUUUUGAGUCAGUGUUAUUUUAAACAGUGUCAGCACUUAAAAUUGCUUCAACCUCUUUUUUUGUUGUAAUUUACCCCAAUCUUAAACUUUUCUAUGUGUAUUGUGUAUGAGUAUGUGAUGUUUUUGAUGUAUAUGUUCUUUACAUACUGCCACAAUCUUGUCAAUUCUGGGAAGCUAAGCUUUCAAAAAUUCCUAGAUCUCAUAUCGCGGUAAAUUCAGAUCUGUUUAGCUAGAUGAUGUGAUAGGUGUCUCAUGAAGUAACCCUACCAACACUGCCCCUUUAUUUUACUUUUUUAAAAUUUGUACAUUUUGUUGUACUAUUGUUGUAAAUUGAUUAUGAUUGGUGUAACAAAGAGAAUGUACAUUGUAUGUACAUAUUGAUCAGUUUUGUUCCUGUAAAAGUUUGUUUAAAUCCUUUGUUUAUGUAGUUGUAGCUUUAUUACCCAUAUGUAAAUUCAUAUGGUUAUCCAGUAAAUGUGCUCUGUGUUGAGAAUUUUUUUUAUAUCCUGAUGAGUCUUGACAUUUGAGCAGUCUAGAAAGGUUCUUGUUCCUUUAUUUUUGCAUGGAGCAUGGCAACAUUAGUUGGAAACUUCUGCUUAUGAAUCUAUGGUACCAAAAAUAUUGACAUUGUGCUCUUGUACCACUCCCUUUAUUUAUUGUUGGAUUGGUCGUAGGGUAAAUGUGGUGCACCCUAAUGAAACUUUACAGAAAGGGAGUGUCUUCAUUAAGACGGGAAACAGAAUGGAAGAUUCAGGAUUCUCUAGUCAUUGUAUUCUAUCAAAGUGUCGAUAAACACAAACACUUGCAGGUCAACUUGAUCUGUAAAUAUUACAUCACAUGCAUGACUUAUUAAAUUUUGUUUUAAUUAAUAACUUUUACAUUAGAGCAAGCUCACUUUAUUCUUAUUAUUUUUUUACAUAUAAGUGUAACGACUUAGCUCGCUCUUUCAGCAUUAACAUGCAGGUCUCAUGAACAUUUUAUGUUCUUUUAAAUUAAUGAGAAGAGCUAUGUUGAAUGCAUUUAAAAUUUGUGUACUUUACAGCAUGUGUCUUAGUAUCCCCAUUGUUUUUAUCAUCUUAUUAUCAACUUUUGAUCUGCAAUCAACAAGAACUUCUAAAGUUAAUAUUCAAAAGAAAUACUAGUGAAACAGUCAAAUUUCCCAGUGAUCAUUUGAGAAGUUGGCAAAAGUCUGACACUCUUCAGUGGUGAACUCAACUGCCCGUUUUUUAUGUGAACCAUAAUGAUAAAGUCCAAAAGACUAACAUAAAAUUGAUUUGUAACUUAAUUGUAAAUGACUUGUAUUUAUACAUGUUAAUAAAUUGGUGUAUCAGCGGAAACAAG